GCCCGCACUUCGGCCUGCCUCGGAGAGCCUCAAAGCUGCACCAUAUGGAGAACAUUCUCACACGCCUCUCCUCCUCCGGGCGCCACUGCACCGUCGUGCUGCACUCGCAAGCUGCCAGGCCGGACCUCUUUCUGGGCGGCAACUCGAAUUGCACGUCAGAAGUUCUGUGCCUCGAGCACGGGGACCUGGGCAAAGUUGCGAGCAGAGAGGCGUGCAAGCCAUCUCUCAACCUCCUAGUCGCCACCUUCCCAUCCCUCAUGGCCUCCCUCUCCGCCCGCUCCUCCUCCCUCGCCUCCAUGCCUCGACUCGCCGCUGCCCUUGCUUCCGAACCUGCCUCCGUACCUGAUUCCACACGGGCCACCAGCCCUGCGUCCAAACCUACACCUGAGCUUGCUCCCAAACCUGCAUCAUCACCACCUGUUCUCGAGACCACAAUGACACAGGCACAGGCACAGGCACAGGCACAGGCACAGGCACAGGCACAGGCACAGGCACAGGCACAGCAGCAGCAGCAGCAGGAGCAGGUCUCUUCCCCACCUGCUCAUCCUGCUGACUUUGCUGUGGAGGAAUCUUCCAGGAAGGUGGACGCGCAGGUGGGGCAGGUGCACGAGUCUCUGCCGCCCAACACGCUGCUGCUCGUCGUCACGGGGUGCGGCGACACGCCAGCUGUGAGACGCAUGAUGGAGUGGCGGUGGAAGCGGCAGCAGUGGAGGAGCACGGGCAUGGAGCCCUGGGAUGAGCUGAGCGCCUAG